ACCAUGCUUUCGCCAUUAGUGGUAUUGUAUUCAAUUGUCGAUGGUCUCAACUUGGUCAUUUUUACAGAUAAAGAUCACUACACAAUGUACGCAGUCGCCAAGAUAUUUUUGCUUGCAUAUUCCCUCUAUUUGACGAGUGCUGACUUAACAAUUGAUGAAUAUGAUGAACGUCGAAUUAUUGAGGUCAAACAAUGGCAUACUACUUGUCGAGAUGUGACUGGAAUUACAGAAGAAGAGUUAGCUAGCCUGAAGGCUGGUCAUUUUACCGACGAUGUUAACAUGAAGAAAUACUUGCUCUGCAUGUGGAGAAGUGCCGGUAUCAUGGAUGAGAACUUGGAUUUGGUUCCUUACAGGCUGAUGUAUUGUCUACCACGUCGUCUGGAAAUUAAAGAGGAACUAGAUAUGGUGGAAGGUUGUCUCAAUGAGGGAAAACAAGCAGGUGGCGAACAAUACGAACAGAUUUUUGUAAUGCAACAAUGUCUGUACAAGAAAGAUUCAGUUAAUGUCCUCAUGUUUUGAGAGGGAUCACCGGACUCGACCUCGCUUCCAAUGAUGUAUGAUGUAUAACUUAUGUACUUACCGUUUACUCGAAAUUAAAUAGUUUGAAGCAUU